AUGAUGCGCUCCUCUGUGGCCUCAGCAGACCCUAACGACGAGUGGGACUAUGAUGCUCACCAUGAACUGGGCAUGGGGAUGAGCGCUGUACAGAUACUGCUGACGGACACAGAAUCGGACGAUGAGGAGUCUGAACGUUUGGGGCCAGGUGACCUCGACUGGACAAGCCCAAUGGAUCAGCUCACUGCAGAAUGGGCUUUCCAUGAUCACCAAGAAGCUGUGGAUCCAGAUCUCGAAGUCGAGGUUUUAACUGACAAGGAGGAACAUGUGGUGGAUGAGGAGCAGACUGGCGAGUGGGACCGCCCCUUUGCUGACCCCUCAUCUACGGAGGAUUGGAAUUUGGACGCCCAGCUGGAUCGGUUGGCUCUCGACCCAUGUACAGACACUCCGCUGGGUCCCGAGCUGCUGCGCAGGAGGCUCGAGAACACAUACGAACAGACAGUGGACGGGUGGCUAUAUGAGCACGAAGGGGAGGUGGACCCAGAGUCAGACGGUGAAACAGCGUCAAGCUCCGCUCAUGGCGAACGCCUGCGCAGCAGGGUGUGCCUGGAUGGCAUGCGCAGCGUCUCCAACCAUCGCGCGGAGUCACCAAACCAGUACCGGAGAGUGCUGCGCGAUUUGUCCGAUGACGAAGCAACAACAAGCUCCGAUGGCGACCACACCGGGCAGGGCUAUCCCUUUGGUUCGGACGGAAGCCUGCCCCUGAUGGAGCUGCAUGGCAACCGGGUGCUGCUGGACUUCCCAUGGCAGUGUGAUCAUGAUUCGCACCGCCUGGCUCACAGCUUGGGUGUCACCGUCACAGAUUCUGAGCAAGGGGAGUGCGCCAGCAGCGGGGGGCACCCACCCGAGUGGGAGGGGCUGUACGACGCGGGCUCAGGGUGGCAUUCUGGCAUGCCUGACUUCGAUGCCAUCGACCCUGGGCUGGAUUCAGAGGAGGGCAACGGCAGGAGUGACAGAGAGGGGGGUCCAUCCGACGGGGAGAACGACGUUGAGGGCAGUGGCUGGGGUGACCAUGACCACGAAGCAGGCGUCACCUUGGACGAGUGCAGCUUUGAGGCGUAUGAAGGGGAGCUGUUUGGUGAGUCUUGCUCAGACCCCAGCAGGGACUCAGAUUGCGACGCUGAUGAUGGCGGGGAGGUUGCUUCUAGCGUUGGACACCCCUCGCACUAUGAGGACUCGGAGCCUGAAGACUAG